GAAGUGAGGUGGCCUUUUGUAAGAGCAAGCGAAAAAUAAACACGUAAUCGUCCGUCUGCUAGCGAGAGCUUUAUAUGUGUCGGAUGGGGAAACCGAGCCGGUUGUAGUUGAUGUGGCGGCUCUGGGCCUGAGCUCUCCCCGGCGGUUCCUGCAGGACUGUGUGUGUGUGUGUGCGCGCUUGUGCGGGUGUGAAGCGUAUUUACAGUGCAAACAUGGUGCGAGCAGCUUUGGUAACAGUGACUAGUCUGGCCUUGACUGGAGCUGUGGUGGCUCAUGCCUAUUUCCUCAAACACCAGUUCUAUCCGACAGUGGUAUACCUCACCAAAAGCAGUCCGAGCAUGGCAGUUUUAUACAUCCAGGCUUUCGUGUUGGUUUUUCUACUGGGAAAGUUCAUGCGGAAGGUCUUCUUCGGCCAGCUGAGAGCUGCAGAGAUGGAGCACCUGAUCGAGCGUUCCUGGUAUGCAGUGACAGAGACCUGCUUAGCCUUCACAGUCUUCAGGGAUGACUUUUCCCCCCGCUUCGUGGCCCUUUUCACUUUGCUGCUCUUCCUCAAGUGCUUCCAUUGGCUGGCUGAAGACAGAGUGGACUUUAUGGAAAGAAGUCCGAACAUUUCAUGGGUCUUCCAUUUCAGAGUGCUCUCUCUAAUGGUGUUGCUGGCAGUACUGGACUUCUUAUUUGUCAAUCAUGCCUGCCACAGCAUCAUCACCAGAGGAGCCUCAGUACAGCUGGUCUUCGGAUUUGAGUACGCAAUUCUGAUGACCAUGGUUCUCACCACCUUCAUUAAAUAUACCCUGCACACCAUUGACCUCCAGAGUGAGAACCCAUGGGAAAAUAAAGCUGUCUACAUGCUUUACACGGAGCUCUUCACAGGCUUUAUUAAGGUGCUGCUCUACAUGGCCUUCAUGACCAUAAUGAUCAAAGUGCACACCUUCCCCCUGUUUGCUAUUCGACCCAUGUAUCUUGCAAUGAGGCAAUUUAAGAAGGCUGUAACCGAUGCCAUAAUGUCUCGCCGAGCUAUUCGCAACAUGAACACACUCUACCCAGAUGCAACUCCUGAGGACUUGCAAGCCUCUGACAAUGUAUGUAUCAUCUGUCGAGAGGAGAUGGUAACUGGAGCUAAGAAACUGCCCUGCAACCACAUCUUUCAUUCAAGUUGCCUGCGCUCAUGGUUCCAGAGGCAGCAGACGUGUCCAACAUGCCGUAUGGAUGUUCUGCGAGCGUCGCAGCCUAACGCCACUCCUGCUCCUGCAGCACCCCCGGCAGCUCCAGCUAAUGCUCCAGCCAAUGCUCCUGCUGCUCCUGCUCCUCCAGCUGCUAAUGUUGCUCCAGGUGUGAUGCCCCAAUUCCCUCCAGGACUUUUCCCUUUCUGGGCUCCCUUCCCUGGUGCAGUGCCACCUGCUGCUGCUGCUGCUGCUCCGGCCGCUCAAGCCGCCCCUAGCAUGCCACAGACCAGUGCAGAUGCGACCCAAACUUCAGGAGCAGACUCAGGGGCCAGUAUCUCAAGCCAGACUGGUACAGAUGGUGCUGCUGCAGCAGCUCCUGUUGCUGGAUUCCCCUUCUCCAUUCCCCCUCCAUUCCCAUCAGCACCAUGGCUGCCCAUGCCUCCUCCUCCACCCUUCAUGUCAUCCAUGCCUCCUCCUCCACCGUCUCUAUCCACAAUGUCAGAGGAGGAGCUGAGGGAGUUGGAGCAGGAAGGCCGCCGUGGUCUUGAGGCUCGACUGCAGUGUCUUCAGAACAUCCACACCCUGCUGGAUGCUGCCAUGCUGAACAUCCACCACUACCUCACCACUGUCGCAACACUCAGUCCUCCUCGACCAGAGAGCAGCACCCGUGAAGCGAGUGGGUCAGGCAAGACUGAAGCUUCCAGUCAGGAAAAUGGAACACCAAUCACUGAUCCUGUCAGUGGAGCGAUGGGAUUUUCCCAACCCGAUUCAACCACAGGAGUUGAGAAGGAGGAAGAGGAGGCAGAGGUGGACGGGGAGCCGAGCGCUGCUGAAUUGAGACGUCGCCGCCUACGCAAGCUGGACACCACACCGCCUCUGGACCACUGAUCGUUUAUCUAGUCCAGACAUUGCAUUUGAAAAAGGACUUUAUACAGUAGAAAUUCACCUGAUGUACCCCACUCUGGCACUUUGGGUGCUUGAGAUAUCAAGUUAUCUCCUCGUGGGCUCUUAUGUUGCUCUUCAGCGCAGCAUGUAGACACUUCCAAAGGAUGACUUUGUUCAAGUUAUAAAGGAGAUUUACAAAUAGAAGACUGGAUACUAUGUUAAAACGUGCACAAUUAAAAAUAAUAAUACAUCCAAGGCAAAGGUUUUGAACAUGCACAGUCACUGGUUUCUUUUUGUUUCUUUUAUGUAGUCUGAUUUUUUUUUGUUUGUUUCUUUUAGCCUACAAACUGAGCAUUGCAAUAGUAAGAAUAUCUUGUAAAAGAUUUUUUUUUUUUUUUUUUUUGUAUUGUAUUGUUUGGCUUUGAUUAUUUCUAGCUCUGUGACUUUUCUUCAUAUCUGAUAUUUGCUUUGAUGAGGGAGAAUAUGCCAUUUGCCAGCAUAAAUUAACAAACUGUACAUACUGUAAAGUAUUUUAAUAGCAAGAUCUGUAAAUAUUGCAGAAUAAAUCGUUCAACUCA